GUCCAGGGUCCAAGUACUGAGGUCCAAUAUUGACGCUGGUUCCAGUUGGGAGGGAUAGAAAGCCUUUAGACCAAGUUGGAUGAGAACUUCAGCCUUGUUCUUCGGGGGCUCUGGUUUGAAUGAAGCACAAAAGUGUCCCUUUGUCUUCAUUGUGGAGAGCAAGCUCAGGGCAUAAGGAGUAUCUAUCGUAGGGAACGCUCAAGUGGGCAGGAUGUUGAUCACCAUGCUAACGGCCAUGUACGUGAUGGUCCGAGUCGUGCAAUCGAUAGGAGACCACUUUGGUCACCAGCAGGAGCCUCUGCCAUACAUGGUGUCCCAGCCUUUGCCCUGGCAGGUGCAUUCCGUGUCACACAGCCGCAGAAGCAGCAAAGCAGAGGAGCUGGAUGGCUUCAGAAGGAACAGCAUGGGUGUGUACAGAAAGUACUCCAACGCCAGUAACGGCACGUGCUGCAGUGAAGUGCUAGGGCCGCCCCCCCUCAGCCCCGUGGACAAGGCCGCGGCCACCAUCCAGACUCACUUCAGGAAGUUUCAGCAGAAGAAGUUAAAGAAUGGCAAAUAGAUCACUUGGACUUGUUUGGAAGUGCAACAUGCUGUUAGAGCCCCUUCUAGUGGCCAAUAUAAAAAUCACCAAUGUGUUUAACUGCGUUUCAUCUUCAAGGAAUCUUGAUUUAUUUAGGUACAAUACAAGCUAAUGAGAUCCAACAAAAACACUGUAAAAAAUGAGUCUGCCUUUACAAUUUUUUUCCAAUGAAUUAUUAUUAAUCAUUCAUAAUAAUGUAAUAUAUAAUUCAUUAAUUUACUGUUUUUUAAUUCAUUUAUUUAACAACGUUUAUGUAGUUUACAAAAGGCCACAUUAAUAUUUAAGCACCUUAUUUAGAGGGAUGGAACAUGGAGUUUUGAGUUUUUCCUUGCCCUCCUGGGAGUUCAAGAUCAGGGGAUGUUUGAGAAUAUUUGUUAUUUUUCAUACGUCACCUAAAUGUUGAACAGAGGCUGUGAUGUACCGAAGUCAAAUUCCUUGUUUGGCAUGCUCAGACAUGGCGAAUAAAAAUUCUUGAAUGAAGAGACAGAAUAUUUUUAUAUUUUGUAUAGAUUUUUUUUAAAUGUAUAAUUACGUUUCAAAGAAUAGAGUAUAGAUAAUAGAAGGCAGACAUUCUUGUUAUUUGUAUUUUUUUAAUAGAUUAUUGUUCCCUUUAAUUUCUGAUAAAAAUUGAGACAUCUCAUAACUCAUAACAAGUCAUAUGUUGAUGUAUGAAUAUGAAGUAAUGAUUUAUAUGUUCAUGGUGACAAAAUAAAUGGAGGAUAAUGACAUA